GAUAGAGAGAGAGAGGAAAUGGAAGGAGAAGAAGGUGCAGACUUAGCGAGAUUUCUCCAAUGGGCAACCACGCUAGGAAUCUCGGAUUCUCCCAAUUCCACGGGCACUUCAUCCGCUUGUCUCGGCCUUUCUAUGCGCAUUUCUCAUUUUCCUGAAGCCGGCGGGAGAGGAUUAGCUGCUACGCGUGCUUUAACGAAAGGGGAAUUGGUAUUGAGAGUGCCGAAGGCGGCUUUGAUGACGAGCGAUUGCCUAAUUAGCAGUGAUCGGAAAUUGGCCACUGCUUUGGGGAAAUUCAAUUGUCUCUCUCCUACUCAGGUAUUGUGUGUUGCCUUACUAAACGAAAUGAACAAGGGCAGAAGUUCAUGGUGGUAUCCUUACCUAAAGCAGUUGCCUCGGAGUUAUGACUUGCUCGCAAGUUUUACUCAGUUUGAGAUCGAAGCUUUACAGAUUGAUGAUGCCAUUUGGACUGCAGAAAAGGCUGUUCAUAAAGGUAAAAUGGAGUGGAAAGAAGCUUCUCCGGUACUAUCGGUACUUAACAUCAAGCCUCAGCUCACUACUUUCAAUGCUUGGCUAUGGGCUUCUUCAACCAUAUCUUCGCGCACUAUGCAUAUAUCCUGGGAUACUGCUGGUGGAUUAUGUCCUGUUGGAGACUUCUUUAACUAUGCACCUCCCGAAGAAGACCCACAUCAGUUGGACGAGUCAGAGGCAACUGAUAUUGACUCUUUUUUAACCUCUGUCAAUAAAGGAGAAAAAGAUGAUAGCUCAACAGAAGACCUUGUAGUUGCUAACCCAGAUAAGUUAACUGAUGGUGGUUAUCAUGAAGGUCUUGCUAGCUAUUGCUUCUAUGCUAAGAGAAACUAUGAAAGAGGAGAUCAGGUUCUUCUGAGUUAUGGUACAUACACGAACUUGGAGCUUCUCGAACAUUAUGGAUUCAUUCUGCAGGACAACCCAAAUGACAAGGCUUUUAUUUCCUUGGAAAGUGAAAUGUAUUCCCUUUGCUCAUGGCCCAAAGAUUCACUCUACAUUUCUCAAGAUGGCAAGCCUUCUUUUGCCCUCCUUUCCACUCUCCGUUUGUGGGCAACUCCUGUUAGCAAGCGGCGAUCAGUUAAGCACAUUGCAUAUUCGGGUCACCUGAUCUCCGUUGAGAAUGAGGUUGCGGUAAUGGAAUGGACAAUGAAGAAAUGUCAGGAUGUCUUGAGCAGUUGUUGGACCUUAAUGGAUGAAGAUAUGCAACUGCUGCAUAUCAUCGACAAAAUUCACGAUUGUAAUGGGGAGGAAGUGACUUCAUCCCAGACUAUACUAGAUGAGAUUGGUUCUUUCUUGGCGAAGAAUAGUGUUACGAGUGGGGCAAAGAAAACAAGGUCGAGUUCAAGGUGGAGGUUGGCUGUGGAGUGGAGAUACAGGUACAAAAGAAUUUUAUCAGAGUGCAUUACACAUUGUGCGAAAACGUUGGAUAAUCUUUCAAAACUCUAAUUACAUGUGUUUUGUUUCCA